CUUUGAUGAGUCAUAGCCAAAGAGGAAAAUCUUUCUUAAAAGACGUUGUUGCCGAAAAGAAGGGUGGCUCUCAGGCACCAGGUAAAAUAAAUGCCUGUUUUAUGAGUAAGGUCACCAGGUGUAGACGUGGCCAUCCACGAGGAGUAUGGCUUAAGAGGUGUGGUCAGUCAACAAUACAGAUGUGGAUAUGCCAGAGACCCGAUGGUGGAGUAGUGAGGAUCCUAGGCGACCGUGUGUGGAGGGCGUGGUGAGACAAUUAGGGCGUGGCCAGUCUCGCGGAGCCCUGACACCCAACGAACGCUCCAGUAAUUUGCCCAGGCUCGAGACCAGAACUGGAUAUUAACUGUCCGUAUCCGGCGGUGUCCGGAGCCGGGUGACCGGGUGUCCAGCAGAAGGCGCGAAUGAAGGCAAAGAAUGACCUGCUACGAGACCUGGACAACUUCUUCUCCUCCCCCAUGGACUUCCGAGACCUUCCUAGGAACUUCCAUCAGGAAGAGAACCAGGAGCACAGAAUGGGCAACCAUACCCUCUCCAGCCACCUACAGAUAGACAAGGUGACUGACAACCAGACAGGGGAGGUGCUCAUCUCGGAGAAAGUCGAGGCCUCCAUUGAGCCAGAACGGAACCCGGAAGGGGACUGGAAGGUUCCCAAAGUAGAAGCAAAAGAGCCCCCGGUGCCUGUGCAGAAGGUCACCGACAGCUUGCACCCAGAGCCCCGGCAGGUGGCUUUCUGGAUCAUGAAGAUGCCAAGGCGGAGGACCCAGCCCGAUGUCCAGGAUGGAGGCCGCUGGCUCAUAGAAAAGCGACAUCGCAUGCAGGCCAUCCGGGAUGGGCUCCGUGGAGGCGCCCGUGAGGACAGCCUGGAGGAUGGGGUCCAUAUCCCCCAACACGCCAAGCUGCCUGUCAGAAAGACACACUUUCUCUACAUCCUCAGGCCAUCCCAACAGCUGUAAGUGGGGACCAGAUGUCCCACACCCUACCCCAACACCAUAUGGAAAUAAAGGUUUUCUUACAUCUA